AUGAUCUGCAGGAGCUUCCUCUUGUCACUGAGCUUUGGGCGGACCCAGUCGACCAAGCUCUGCUCUUUGCUGGGCCGGGUCUUGUCCACGGCCUUGCGCCCCGUCAGUAGCUCCAGGAGGACUACGCCAAAGCUGUAGACGUCGCUCCGCGCGGUCAAAUGCCCUGUUUAGUACACCAAAUCGACCCAUUUAGAAUGCAUGCGGUAGUGCCCAGAUUUAGAAAGCGAUAGGUGAUGGUGAGCUCACCAGUCAUUACGUACUCGGGCGCAGCGUAGCCGUAGGUGCCCAUCACGCGGGUGGACACGUGGGUCUCGUCGCCCUGCGGGCCAACCUUCGCGAGGCCAAAAUCAGAGAGCUUGGCCGUAUAAUCCUGCGAGGGCAUGCCGGAUGAGCGACCAGAGGUGGGGGAAAGGUUCGACUUCUAUCUGAAUGUAGAGAGAGGAGCUCACCGAGUCCAGUAGGAUGUUCGAGGUCUUGAAGUCCCGAUAGAUGACUGGCCUCUCCGCGUUGUGAAGAAAAGCCAGGCCCUUGGCGGCUCCAAGCGCGAUCAUCAUUCUCGUCGCCCAGGAUAACGGAGCUGCUGUCUCUGAAUACCUCAAUCCAGGGAAGCAACGUUAGCUAAAGUCAACCUCAAAUCGCCAGGGUGUUCUCCGAACAUGGUCACUUUUGCACCCUGUUCUUGAUUAGUAGGAAAAAUGUUGACCAAAGAAAAUGUUGGACAUGCUAUUGAGCACGGGGAAAACAUGAAAAGGGAAGAGGAAAGUUUUAUUUAUUGGAAGGAUGUAAGCAGAUUGUACAUAUUAACCACAGAUUUCGAUUUAAUUUCUAGAACCACUCCUUUAUGCUACUGUAAAGUAAAGACGAAUUUUUUUCUCUUCUUAAACCCAUCAAUUCCUAGAAAAAAGUAAUAUUUUCAGGAAAUCAUGGAAGACACUGGCAAUGAUGAUUAACAUCAAGGGACUUUGAACCGUAGCAACUGAGUCGUUCGCAUCACGGAAGGCUCAUCGAUGUCCAAAAAGCUACUGAAAAUCAAUUAUCAUGUAAGCAAACUUUUCAAUGCCCAGCCACAAGACAGAGAUACUGGACUCGAGCAUUCUUCCCCUUCCCUCUUGACAAAUAACAGUCGAACAGAGCAUCAGUUUUCUGGUUGA